CGCACUUGCCAGUCUUCGGUUCGGGCUCAGUCCAGUCGCAGUCAGAGAAAAAGGCGCAGGCGCAGCCAUAAACGAAAACGCAGACAGACAGCGAGACACACAGAGUCUCUGUCGCCCGCUCAAGAGUUUCCGACAAACAGCUCGAGUCGCGAAUGUAGUAUUGCUUUUGGCCCAAACUACAAAAAAUAAAAACAAACAACGAAUUUGAAUUUAACAUUUGAUCUAGCUGAAAAGAGAUGUCAUAAUGGAGCCAAUGACCAUGCUGGUGUUGGCCUUCCAGCUGCUGGCCCUCUUCUCGAUCGCCGGUGCGCUACUCAUCUACCUAAUCUGCAAGGUGCGCGAGGACAGCGAGGCGGCUACCGUGGAGGCCCAGCCGAGCCGGGUGGUACUGGUGACGAGUGCGGACACCGCCCUGGGACUGCAGCUUUGCACCCACCUGGCCAACAAGGGGUGCCGCGUCUUCGCCGGCAUGAAGGAGGCCCACGACUCGCUACCCGCCAAGCUCCUCUGCGGUUGGAUGAAGAUCCGCGAGUACAGCGAAGAGCCCAUCGCUGGCACUAUCAUCCCCAUGCGUCUGGACGUGACCCGAGAGGAUGUGCUGCGCGAGGCCACUGUCGCCAUGGGCGCCCACCUGAACGCCGACGAGCGCGGCAUCGCCGCCGUGAUCAACACCAGCGGUAGCGUGUUCCGGGGCCGGGUCGAGUCGCAAGACGUGCAGCAGUGGGAGCAAAUGCUGAAGACCAACAUCCUUGGCACGUUGCGUGUGGCCAAGGCCUUUGUGGGGUUCCUCCGGCCCACGCGCGGUCGCCUCCUUUAUCUGGGCGGAGCCAGCGGCACGCGGACGGGUUCAGCGCUAACGGGCGGCGAGGGUUUGGUGGCCUUCAAUGCAUCGCGCGUGGCUGUGGACAAGUGCGCCGAAGAACUGCGGAAGGAGCUGCAGCCGUACGGCGUCAGUGUGGUGGCGCUGGACACCUGCGGAAUGACAGCCGAGUCCCUAUACAAGGCCCCUGUAGCACAAACGAUGUCAGCGAGUGCCGAAGCACCUACUCAGUACACGGCGGACGUUCUCAGCCACAGUGCCCUGCAGGUGAUCGAGCGGGCGCUGUGGGACUUUGCCCCGCAGGAGCGCUAUACGCUUAUCACCCAAAACAAGUACCAAUUCACAUUGCCAUGCCGCUCUUCGUUGCGUCUCCAGCGGCCGGCAGUUGCAGGCGAGUCUGCGACGCAAUCUGUGUAAAUCCGAUCCGUCUCGGUCUCUACCUUCAGCUCCAGCUGCCUCCUGUACAUACGUAUCCCCGCUGUAACCUCUUCUUCUGCUCCUGUUGUCAUCUAACAACACUAACCAUGUUUUUUGUUUAAUGAUAUUUCUUCCUUUGGAAGGAUUUUUAUACAUAUGAUAUAUAUAUUUUCACUCGUUUUUGCAUACAAUUUGACGGUGCAUUUUUGAUGGACAACAUACCUUAGCACUGAAUGAUACGAACAAUGAAAAUAAAUCUUUGUGCUAAUCUA